AUGGAGGCCUCGUCGUCGUCGACCGCCGUCGCUCCGCCUCCCAAGGCGCCGCGUAGCCACUUCCUCGCCAAGCUACACUCCAUUCUCGAGAACCCGCUCGACCCGAACGGCCUGCGCUGGGUCACGGACGACUCGUUCGAGAUCAGCAGCAAAGACGCGGUCGCGAUCCACGCGUUGAGCCCAGCCUUCGAGUUCCGCUCGCUCAGCAGCUUUAUCCGUCAGCUGUCGUACUACUCGUUCCGCCGCCUGUCGGACCGCCGACGCUCGACCGAGCGGCGCAACUCGAACCCGGGCUAUGUCCUCUUCCAGCACCCCUCGGGCUUCUUCGUUCGCGGCGACCCGACCCAGCUCUCCAAGAUCGUCCGCAAGGCGCGCACGCGCCCCGAGAAGGGCCGCCGCGCGAGCGAGUGCUCAACGGCGUCCGACGAGACGUACCCGUCGAACCUGCACCCGUACCCGAUGCCGGCAUGGCCACCCUCGACCGACUACCGCUCGUCGUUCCCUGCCGACCGCCCGACCCUCCAGCUUCCGAGCUUCGGCUCCUCAUUCAACUCGCCCGCCGUCCCUCCUCGCACCUCGUCCGAGACGACGCAGUGGCGUGCAUACGCCCCAACAACGGGCGCAUGGCUCGACCCGAACCGCGGCGACGGCGACCAUUACGCGCCGCCACGCCGCUCGAGCCUCGGCGAGUUCAAGCUCACGCCGACGUCGAUGCUGGCGGGCGAGUCGUCCGGCUACUCGUCGACGCUGUCGAGCCUCCAGGAGGAGCACCGUCCUCGACUGCGCAAGGCGUCGUCGUCGAACUGCAUGCCGGCCGACGACCCGCACCACCAGCACGUCUACCUCGACGGGCACCACUCGUCGCAGCCGCACGCCAUCCCGCAAGGGUUCAGCGCGUCGCCGUACCCGACGCCGACGUUCAGCCCGACGAGCAACACGUUCUUCGAGGCGGCGGCGUCGUCGUCGUCGGCGCACUCGCACGGGUACCACCACUCGGCGGCGGCGGGCCCUUCCUCGUCGGCGUUCGUCCCGGCGUCGCACAUGGCGUACGACCCCUCGCCUUUCGCGUCGUCGUACCACCCGAUCGCCCCGAGCAAGGGCGGCGCGCACUCGUACCACACGCCGUCGCCGGAGCAGUCGCCGCUCCAGGAGGUCGUUGGCCUCCCUGGCCUCGUCGAGACGGUCCCGCCGCUCGGCCACCAUGCGCACCCGGCCUCGACGACGAACGCUAGCGGCGAGUACGCGUCGCCGAGGUCGAGCGUGUCGUACGCUCCCCUCGCGCCCCUCCAGGCUCGUUACGCCGGGCCGCCCUCGUCCCUCUCGGGCCUGACGCACGCGCCGUGGCAGCCGUCGCAGGCAGGGCAGAACUACAGCAGCACGCCGUCGUCGGGCCAGUCGAGCCAGCCGUACGGCUUUGCGCCGCCGCCAGCCGCUCAAGCUCAGGCCUCGCCCUGGAGCCCGGCACCGAUCCGCCAGGCUUACUGACGGUACGCCAAGCGAGCCGUCGUCUCGCUUCUCUCCCAACGUUACCCCUCUCUCUGCGUCGUCGCUCUCCCCUCUCGCAGUCGGUGUUGUCGACCACUAGAUCCCCCUCUUUUCGCUCGUGUUCUCUCGAGGCAAUGCCUUUUAUCUCCAGCGCGU